UUCAUCUACAAUCAUUAUCCGCAUUCCUCCUUCUGUCUUCCCUCAUUACUCACUACGGUGAUCUAUCGAUCUAUCUAUCUAUCUACCUGGAAUGGUUGUUGUUGAUCUUCUGGACUAGACAUCCAGCAGAUUUGCGCGAUCCAGCUCUUCCAACAAGCUUCAAGCUCUGCCCACACCGACUUCACCUUCCCAUCAAGCACCGCACAACGCCGCAGAGAUCUGUUUAGACCAUGCCAUCUUUUCCGUCCAGGCCUCUGGUCAGACCCAGAGAUGACAGUAGCUUGCAGUUGAGCUAUCAAUUUCCUCAUCGUGUCCACACAGCAGCCGGUUACCCCCUACUUGCGCCCAAUGGCUCCUCAAUCAUUGUUUACGGCUACGAGACAGGCCUGAAGGUGGUCUGGCGAGGAGGGAAGCCUUUUGCAGCGGAGAAAGCAUCUAUUGCCACGGCCGGGAAGCCUCAGAAGGCCGCUCCACCCCCCAGCGACGAUGCUGUCAUGAUCAUCGAUUCCGACGACGAGAGUAUUGCGGAGGUCCAGUCGUCGGUCUCUAAGGAGGAACCCAAAUAUGAUUUCGAAGAGGAAGAACCUGAAGUGGACCCCGCCCAUCCUUAUGAAAGAAUACUGCGCCAGGUCGACAUUCCUCUUGGAAGCCGGGUUCUUCACCUGGCUGCACCACGCAUUCUACCCGAAACGGCGCGCUCGUCACUAGAUCCGUUUCCCCCCACCUUGAACGAGGUCAUUGUCAUUGCUGCCGUGUGUGCAGAUUACUCUACCCGCGUGAUAACCCUGCCCUUAAGCCCUCCUCACCCUGCCCAAACCAAGAUCGGGAUUCAAACAAUCUCCAUUAGCGGCGGAGUGUCCCAUCAAGAGCUUCCUCGUGGUCUCAGCCUCACAUUCACGUAUCAAGAAACCGAGAAGACGGAACAAAGUUUGUCGCGCAGCCCACAAUACGCUCCUGGGCGAUGGGACCUUCUCGUUGCAACCCAUUCCGCAGAGUCGGCCGGUCUGCUCUUGAUUCACCGGAUUCCGAUCGCAGCAGGGCAUCAGCUCUGCGACGAUGAAAUUGAGACCACACGACGAUAUCUUCCGGCUCCAGCCACAAAUAUUUCAUUCAAUCCGUCAGGCUACCCUACGCCACGCCACUCUACAUUGCUUGUCGCUUUCCACAGUGGAUGUGUCAAAGUGUACUCGUGUUUCGCUACCAAGCCUUUCAAGGCUUCUCAUAGAUCCUCCGGCGUGCAGAGUGAUUCUGAGAUUUCCCAAACGGAAGGAAAGUGGCUCAUCAGUCUUUAUCCUGGGUUCGAGCAAAACGUUUCGGGACCCGCGAAGCGCAAGACUGUGGUCAGCGCGGAAUGGGUACUCGGAGGCCGAGCCAUCAUGGUCCUGAUGUCGGACGGGGAAUGGGGGGUUUGGGACAUUGAAGGCACCGGCCCGGGGAGUAUCAAGGGUCCGCUUCAGCGUCAAGCUAGUGUACAGGGCGUAACGGGCGGCUCUCUGACAACCUUCUCCGUCAGCGGGCGGCUGCUGAGCCCUCUGCCCAGCGGUCAUUCUGAGACCGGUGGACCUUCUUUCGAAUAUCGACCCAGGUUCGCUCCUCUGACACCAUCAACCAAACGCUUGCGGGAAGAUACGUUGUUGAAGGGCGGCUCGACUGGCACUGCCAGCUCCUCGCUGUGCGGUGGCAUCUCGGUGUAUCAGACAAACGCGUGGAAUGACCCUAUGCCGGACGAGUCUAUCUUGUUGCGACACGGCAAUCAGACCGCCGUCAUUUCUAGUUUGUUGUCUCUGUGGCGCAACGCCAUCAAGGCUAGCGGCACGUUCGACUCCUCCAACCGCUGCCGCGUGUCCACCCUUCAAGACAUCACCCUGAUGGGUGAGCGCCUGAAGGGGAUUGGCCAUCUCCCCGUGUCCCUCAGCCGCACACGCGGGUCUGAACAGCAGCCAUUUGACUUUAUCCUCACCGCCGAACAUCGGGUUCUGAUCCUCGCGCCUAGACUGGUUGAACCGGAGCCCGUUCCAACCGGGUCGAAGGCAGCCGUUGGGGCCACCAGCAGCGAAAUCGACCAGCAGCGUCUGCAUCGAGGUGAACUGGAUGUGGGCGGGAUGGACCGACUUCUGAGUGAUAUGGCGAAUGCCAAACGGUCGAUCGGCAUGGGAAGCCCCAUCAAGCGAAUCCGCAACUUUACUUGA